AUGGGUGCUCGCGUAUCCAGAACCGAUUUUGAGUGGGUUUAUACUGAGGAACCUCAUGCGAGCCGCCGGAAAAUAAUCCUAGAAAAAUACCCUCAAAUCAAGAAGCUGUUUGGUUACGAUCCGAACUUCAAAUGGGUGGUGACGGCGAUGGUGCUAGUCCAGAUCAUCUCUUUACCUUUUGUGACGCAACUCAGCUGGCCUCUGAUGCUAUUGGUAGCUUACUGCUUCGGUGGAGUCAUCAACCAUUCUCUCAUGUUGGCCAUCCACGAAAUCGCACAUAAUCUAGCUUUCGGUCAUAAUCGGCCUUUAGCGAACAAAUUAUUUGGAUUCUUCGCGAACCUACCCAUAGGGCUGCCGGUGUCUAUAAGCUUUAAAAAGUAUCACUUGGAACACCAUAGGUACCAAGGAGAUGAAGUAAUAGACACGGACCUCCCGACGUUGAUCGAAGCGAAGUUAUUCUGCACCACCGGCGGCAAGCUGCUCUGGCUGUUCCUCCAGCCGUUCUUCUACAGCUUCCGACCUUUAGUGGUCCGGCCUAAGGCCCCGACUCCAAUGGAACUCAUCAACCUGGUGAUACAACUGUUCUUUGACGCCGUCAUUAUUAAACUUUGGGGUUGGAAAGCGCUCGGCUACCUACUGCUUGGCGCUGUAAUGGCGAUGGGAGUUCACCCCGUAGCUGGCCACUUCGUUGCCGAACACUACAUGUUUAAGAAAGGUUAUGAGACCUACUCUUAUUAUGGACCUCUGAACUGGAUCACAUUCAACGUGGGUUACCAUAACGAGCAUCACGAUUUCCCGGCGGUACCUGGCAGUAAACUACCCGAGGUACGCCGUAUUGCGCCGGAGUUCUACGACACAUUGCCACAUCACGAUAGCUGGUCCAAGGUACUCUAUGACUUCGUUAUGGACCCCGACAUCGGACCCUACGCAAGAAUCAAACGCAAGCACCACGGACUUGACAGUUAA